AUGCAAACGUUGAAUGAUAAAAAUAACUCCACAUAUUCGUUCUUCUUUAAAAACUUAUCUGUUACCGGAUUUUAUGAAGAGAAUGCACUUUUUAUGACGGUUAAAGAAUUAUUUGACAAUUCAGUUGAUGCAUUAUAUAAUAAAGACAAAGAUGAUAAUGUAGACACAGAAAAGGAUUUAGAUGAAAAAAAAAUAAAAAAUAAAAAAAUCGAAAUAAUAGUUGAAGAAUAUGAUAAAUCAUUAUCAUAUUAUAAAAUUACAUGUAGAGAUAAUGGUAAAGGAAGUAAAAUAAAAGAUUUAGAAAAAUUUUCUGAAAUAUUUUUAACGUCAAAAGAUAAAUGUUCAACCAGUGGUAAAUUCGGUAUAGGAUUAAAAAGUAUAUUAUUAUAUUCCUUUAAAACAGCUUAUGGUUUUUUACAUAUAAAAGUAAAAGUAGAAGAAAACAAAAUAUGGGAUUUCAUGUUAGUUAUGGAUAAAAAUUUAAAUCAUACCUUCAUACAAAACUUUAAAGAAUAUAUAGAUACAAAUUGGAAUUGGUCUGUAGAAAUAUCAUUAAUUUUAAAAAUAAAUAAUAAGUUUAUAAAUGAUCAAAGAAUAUAUACAUAUAUUAAAUUAGUGUUAUUAUGGAAGAGAGAUAUUAACAUAAAGUGUAUAAUAAAUAAUAUGGAUGAAUUUAAAUAUAUAUAUGAAGAACAUAAUAAUGAAGAUGAAUUCAUUUUAUUACACUCUAUUCUUAAUUAUGAUUGUAAAAAUAUAACAUUUCAAAAAGAAACUCUUGCAUCAUUUAAUUUUAAGGUAUGUAUAUAUAUAAAUGUUAUUUCGUCAAAUCAUUUUAUAACAAAUCCUACUAUAGGUCAUAUCUUCUUAAUUCGCUACGUAAAUUCGAUGCCUCUUUUUGGAAAUAGUGGCAAUGACUGUUCUAUAGUUAACGAUUUUAAAAAUUUCCUAAGACUGUAUGGUCCCCAAUAUGGAAUGGAUCUCCUCACACUGGACAACAUUAACCAAGUGGAGUUAAAUGAUACGAAUGAUUCGGAACAUAUGAAUUAUCUAAAAAAUGCAUUUCAAACUUUUUACGUGAAAAAAUCAGAGUUUUGCAAAUGGAAUGUGAUCAUAGUAGGUAUUGAUAUUAGGGGAUGCGAUAUAUCGUAUGCAAACUUAAACAAGAAUUGUAUAAAAGAAGGAGAAUAUUUAUCUAACAUAAUAAAAAAGUGUUUGUCAAAUUUGUUUAAUAGAGUGAAAGAAGAAUAUCCUGACGAAUUCGAAAGUACAUCUGAUUAUCAUAUAAGACAAGCAUUAGACAUUUAUGGUGUGCAGUUAGCAUCUUCUCUAAGUAAAAUAAUUUUAAAUGGACGUGACGAAUUCAAAAAUAAAAUAUUUUUUCUCCUAAACGAAAAGAAAAAAAAGGACCACGCCUCCAUUGUAACAGUUGCAGAAAAUAAUGUUGAUAAUACAAAUCAAAUCAACGAGAAUGAACUGACAGAUGAGAUUUAUCACCACAUAAGGGAAAAGGUGAUAAGUGAUGAAAAAGCGUAUGAACAUGUGGAAAUGAAAAAUAAUUCAUCUGAUAAAUCAAAUGAGUCAGAUGAAGAUGAUGAGGAGGAAGAAAUUGAAUGUGAAGGUGAUGGUGAAUGUGAGGAAGAAGAACGAAUGAUAAAUGAAAUAAAUGAUAUUAUGUAA